AUGAAGGAGUCCCUCAGGCUCUGCUGCCUCUCCCCCAUCACUCACCCGCUCCACCCCCUCACCCCCUCUCACCCUCUCACCCCCUCUCACCCCCUCUCACCCUCUCACCCUCUCACCCCCUCUCACCCUCUCACCCCCGCUCACCCCCUCUCACACCCUCUCACCCUCUCACCCCCUCUCACCCCUCUCACCCUCUCACCCCCUCUCACCCUCUCACCCCCUCUCACCCCCUCUCACCCCUCUCACCCCCUCUCACCCCCUCUCACCCCCUCUCACCCCCACCCCCUCACCCCCUCUCACCCUCCCCCCUCUCACCCCCCUCUCACCCCCUCACCCCACUCUCACCCCCUCUCCCCCCUCACCCCCCUCUCACCCCUCUCACCCCCCUCACCCCCUCACCCCCUCACCCCCCUCUCACCCCUCACCCCCUCUCACCCCUCUCCCCUCACCCCCUCUCACCCCCUCACCCCUCUCACCCCUCACCCCCUCUCCCCCCCCUCACCCCCUCACCCCUCACCCCCUCUCACCCCCUCACCCCCUCACCCCUCACCCCCUCUCACCCCCUCUCACCCCUCUCACCCCCUCACCUCCUCUCACCCCCUCUCACCCCCUCUCACCCCUCUCCCCCUCACCCCCUCUCACCCCCUCUCACCCCUCACCCCCUCACCCCCCCUCACCCCUCUCACCCUGUACAUCACCACACACUCCUCUGUUCUCCAUUAUGUCCACUCCCCUCAGGAUCAUACAGAUUGA